AAACGCUGUAGCACCGCAAUCCUCCGACACGCAUUGGCAGCACCGCAUUCCACAGUGCCUGCUGUUCCAGGGAUGUCGGUCCGCAGUCCUUUAUAGCUGUAAGGCGUCGCAGACUCGGUCGCAAAGUUUCCCAACAGCUCACAGAGCGUCAGGGACUGGUUGUCCCGGAGCAUGUCCCAGGGAUAUCACGAGCGACAGAUAUCCGCCUCUAGUCAGGAGUCCGGCCGAGGGCAACACGAGUUCGUCGGGUGUGCAGCGCAAUCGGCGUUCCGCUCAAUAUUGUCAAUGGACUCAAACGUCCGCACAUCUCUGCUCGAAGACGCGUCCCGCGUUAUGAAUCUCGCGGCGCAGCUUCCGCCAUCGCAGUCGAGUCUUGCACUCGAAGAAGCCUUGUCGUGUUCCUUCGAAACUCUCCGGUUUUGUGAUCAAAACAGACCCCGGUCUGUAUUCAGCCCCGUAUUCCAGGGCUUUGUUCUCCAACGGCGUCUGAAGCGGGCCGAAAGGAAUCUCCGAUAGGCAAACAUUGUAUUACUAUGACGUUCCGGAAUAUUUCGCUUGGAGAGCAUCAUGAAUUGCAUUGUACUACUCUACGAACACUACAUACUAUAUACAUACUAUAUACCAAAGCAUUGUGAAAGCUGG